AUGCUUCUGCGCAGCACCACAACCGCGCCUGCUGCGCCCUUGCGCCUGGGCCUCCCGCCCCGUCUCCGCCCCCACAUCUACCGCAAUGCCCGGUCACGCCCUCUGAACCCGCCGCAAGCACGCUGCAUGUCCGCCGCCGAACAUCUCACGUCCGCUGGCAGCUUCGCCGAUGGCAGCUUCGCCGAUGGCAGCUUGAAGCUGUGUUUGGGCUUGUUCGAAGUGCUGCACAACUGCGGUCUGAGCUGGGCUGUCGCUCUUCCCGCCGGCGCUCUCCUCGUUCGCGCCUGCAUCAUCACGCCGUUCCUUCAAAUUCCAGCCCGGAAAGCUCAACAGACCACCACCAACCUCUUACCCAUCAUGCAGGCGCAUGCAAUCGUCAGAAAACACUCCACCCAUCUAAGACUUUACCACGAGGGCGCCCAGAAAGCCCGAAACGUUAGCCGCACGGAGACAGCCUUGUUCAACCACAAGAUAAAGAAGCGCUGGAGAGCACAGCCUUGGAAACAUUUGCUACCGUUAUGCGGUCUCCCUAUCUUCGUGGCCAUGGCCGAGACCAUACGGAGAAUGGUGGGCACUAGGAGUGGCUUGUGGGGGUUGGUAUUUGGUUCUGGGUCUUAUCAAUCUGAAGCUCCCAAGACCUCUGACGCCCUCGGCAAAGACGACGCCACCAUCGAAGGCGUCGCUGACACGUUGAAGGGCGCAACACCGGACACUGCCGUCGUAAGCGAUUGGAUACAGCCGUCGCUCGCCACGGAGGGUAUGCUUUGGUUCCCCGACCUUAUGGCCCCGGAUCCCCUCUUGAUCCUCCCUUUCGUCGUCUCCGGCGUCACCGUGUGCUCUCUUUACGUCAGCUCCAGGGCGCCGGGUAGGAGAAAACAGAAGCCAGCCUGGGCUGUUAUCAGGCGUAUUAUGAUGACAAUUGCACUGGCCAUCGGCCCCCUGACGCUGAACAUGCCCGCUGGUAUCUUGCUGUACUGGACCGCAAGCACUUCAUUCGCUCUCAUGUCCAACCUCUAUUUGGACCGGUUCCUCCCGAUUCGCAUGCCCCCGAAGCCAUGCAAGCGAUCCAUCCCGUAUCUUCCAAAGAAGAAGGCACAGCAGGCCGGGCGUUGA